CCAAAAAGGAGAUCGCUUCAGACAAAGCAGUCCCAUUGGGAAGUGCGAAAGCUCGGGCAUUGACUCAUGAAAAAUUCGUAGUGAAAUACAUAUAUUUAUUUGAAGAGGUGAACUGUGAAAAGUGAUUUAAUAUCUACAAUUUAAAGUGAAGAAGAAAAUAUUUUUUAUAAAGUACAUGCAAUGGCUAUAGAUGCGACAACAAACAAAAUGCCUGAAGCCAACACCAUAAUGGAAGGCAAGAAUUUGAACGAAACACCUACGAAUUUAAAUAUAUCGUCUGAAAAGCUACCAGAGCCGCCCAUUAAAGAUGUGCCAGCAGAUUUUGAGACCGCCAUGGAAGUGGCUGGUUUCGGUACUUUCAAUAUUUUGUUGAUAAUUUCUGCGCUUCCCGCUGCUAUAGCCACAGUGGUGGAGACCUCGACGAUGUCAUAUAUCUUGCCGAGCGCUGAGUGUGAUCUCAAAUUGACUCUGCUCGACAAAGGGCUUUUAAAUGCAAUUACAUAUUUGGGCAUGAUUUCUUCAGCGAUAGUGUGGGGUUAUUUCGCGGAUACGAAGGGUCGCAAAAAAUUGCUCGUCUUCGGUUAUUUGAGUAAUAUUAUAUCCGUACUAGGUGGUGCCUGCAGUCAAAAUGUCAUACAGCUGAUGGUCUUCAAAUAUAUCUCAGGAUUUAUCAUGUGUGGUCCUUUCGCUGUCAUAAUGAGUUACUUAACGGAGUUACAUGGCAAGAAACAUCGUUCCCGUGUUAUUAUGUUCGUGGGUCUUAUGUUCUCAGUGGGCAACAUAUCACUGCCCCUAGUUGCACUGGGUGUUUUACCCAGCCAUUUGGAUUUCCAGCUAUUGGGUUUGCAAUUUCACUCUUGGCAAGUAUUUUUGGCCAUAAGCGCUAUACCUUGUCUGUUUGGAGGCACCUUACUCAGUUUUUUUCCCGAGAGCCCAAAGUUCCUAAUGUCUCAGGGUCGAAAUGCAGAGGCAUUGCGGGUUUUUCAGCGAAUAUAUGCACUUAACUAUCGUAAGAAACGUGAAGAUUAUCCGAUUAAGGAACUCGUUAACGAACAACUCGCCGCUGAAAAGACAAGUGAUGCAUCAACAGUUAGCAUAGCCACAAUUGAAGAGGCAGCACCGAAAGAGAAAUCCUCUACACCUAAUGUGUCCGCAAAGGAAAAGAAGCCAACUGUAGGCCUUCGUCAGGGGUUGCAACAGCUACGCCCUUUGCUAAUGAAACCCUAUCUCGGCCUAUCGAUACGCGUCUAUCUGAUGAACUUCGCCAUUUUGUUUGGUCAAAAUACUUUGCGUCUAUGGGUGCCACAAAUGUUUGCCUCGAUUGAAGAAUAUGAACAGCUACACGGCACAGAGAGUGCUACAAUGUGCACGAUCUUGGAGUACAGCGUUAAUAAGACGCAUACACAAAUAAUAGAUUCGGCUUUGGGACAAUGUCAAGUG